AUGCUUAAGAGAGGAAAUGGCGAGGAUAACCCGAAAGAACUCGAAAGCAAUUCUGAUAGAAUGAGCAAAGAAGCGUCCAGAAGAGAAAGCUGGACCCAUUCUCAAGUACCAGACCUAUCUUUCCUUAGCAAUAACUUCUCCACGGAUUCUAUUGAUGCCAGCUCUUUACCAGAAACUAAGACCCACCUGGAAAUAUCUCAUUCAUCUCUACCGAGCUCGAGAUCGCCUGCUAAUCGAACUUUCCCAUUGGGCGAGUCCAACGCUGGGAUAGCUUCAGAUGGCAAUUUUGCUCAGAAUUCGAACCAGUACUUUUCUAACCAAGAUAAAAUGAAUGGUAGAUCUCCAGCUGUUCGGCCGAAGUCUGUCUUUCUCACUGGUAAUCUCAAUGCGACGAUACAGACCGACGAGACACGACGUAAUGGCCAGGCUAGUCUCAAGAGGCACUCGUUCCACUAUUCAUCAAAAAGUGGCUAUCCUGCUCAGAUUGUCGCUCUUGUGGUUAUAAUGACAUGGAUAACUUCCACGCUCUUUUAUGAUAGCAACACGAUUUCAGACAUGUUGUCGACCAAGGACGAAAAGCGCAGGAAGAAUCAGGAUGGUUUAGGAGGCUACCUCAACAACUUACAGGAAAGAGAAUCGCUGACGAAUGAAAGGAUAUUCAAAAUUGAGCCUCUCAAGGUAGAUGUGGAUGAGGCAUCUACGUUAUUUGUGGCAUCAACACUUUGUUAUGCUGGAUGGAAACUAGUGACAACUUUGGGAGGUAUUCUUUUGAUCUCCUUUCCUUACACAGAAUAUGACUACAGCGUUCUUAAGAGUUCAGUUACAGAACAGAUCAUGGGUCUUGAUAUAUUCAAACCAGCUUACAGUCUAAACCAUCUUUUUAUUACAAAAGUGAAUUAUCAGCUAUACAUUGCAGGCGUGAAGAUUACCAUGAAGGGAGGGAGCUCCGACGAUGAGUCGAGAAUGCUAUUUGAGGUUAGUCGUAUAUUUGACAAUGCUAUGAAAGCAUUUGAGAAGGACAGCAAGGUCGAAAUCACCAUUGACAUUGACAGAAUUUAG